CGCCCCCUCCCCGCCCCAUGGCCCGCCCACUUCCGGCCUUCGCGGGGGCCCGCAAUCAGUGCGCCCGCCCGCUGCUGUCCGCUGGCCGAGGUUUGUUUCCUCGCAUCUUCUUCCUCAGGUCCCGAAUCUCCUCCAGUCACCCUCCCCCUGCAUGAAUUUGUCGUUCUAUGAGACGUCGAGGGGCACUCCUAUGAGAGGCUCGCUUCGCGCGCCCGCUCAACGAUUUGGCGCGGUUAAUGGCGCGCGCCCCGCCUAGUGGGGGCCUCCGCCCUCCGGCUCUGCGCCCUCGCGUCACUGAGGCCACUAGGCUUGGCUCCUCCCCUUUCCCCAACACCCCCUCCAUGCUACCCCCCUCCCCCAGCGGAGGCUGGUCCCGCCCGUUACACCCGCCUCCGGCCCGCGCUUCGCGCGUUCCACCCGUUCCGGCCCCCCCUUGGUUCCCUUCGUGGUCCGGACGCUCGCUCGGGAGCCGGGGCUGAGACCCCCGCUUCACUGGGACCCCCGCCUUCGCUCAGCUCUCGCUCGGGACCAUGACCUCUGAGGUGGCGCGGCACCUGCUCUAUCAGUCUCACAUGCCAACAAAAACAACUUGUCUGUCCUCACAAGUAUCUGAUGAUGAACAGAAACAAAAAAAAGAAAAUAUUCGUUCUUUAACUAUGUCUGGCCAUGUUGGUUUUGAGAGUUUGCCUGAUCAGCUGGUCAAUAGAUCCAUUCAGCAAGGCUUCUGUUUUAAUAUUCUCUGUGUGGGGGAGACUGGAAUUGGAAAAUCAACGCUGAUUGACACAUUGUUUAACACUAAUUUUGAAGACCAUGGAUCCUCACAUUUUUACCCACAUGUUAGACUUAAAGCCCAGACAUAUGAACUCCAUGAAAGUAAUGUUCGAUUGAAAUUGACCAUUGUGAAUACAGUAGGAUUUGGUGACCAAAUAAACAAAGAAGAGAGCUACCAACCGAUAGUUGACUACAUAGAUGCUCAGUUUGAGGCCUAUCUCCAAGAGGAGCUGAAGAUCAAGCGCUCUCUCUUUAACUACCACGAUUCUCGCAUCCAUGUGUGCCUCUACUUCAUCUCCCCUACAGGUCACUCUCUGAAGACACUGGAUCUCUUAACAAUGAAGAGCCUUGACAGCAAGGUGAACAUUAUACCAGUGAUUGCCAAAGCAGAUGCAAUUUCUAAAGCUGAAUUACAGAAGUUUAAGAUCAAGCUCAUGAGUGAAUUGGUUAGCAACGGUGUUCAGAUAUAUCAGUUUCCAACAGACGAUGAAACUAUUGCUAAAAUCAAUGCUUCAAUGAAUGGACAUUUGCCAUUUGCUGUUGUAGGAAGUAUGGAUGAGGUAAAAGUUGGAAAUAAGAUGGUCAAAGCUCGCCAGUACCCUUGGGGUGUUGUACAAGUGGAAAAUGAAAACCACUGUGACUUUGUAAAGCUCCGGGAAAUGCUCAUUUGUACAAACAUGGAAGAUCUGCGAGAACAGACCCACACUAGGCAUUAUGAACUUUACAGGCGUUGCAAACUGGAGGAAAUGGGGUUUACAGAUGUGAGCCCAGAGAAUAAGCCACUCAGUCUUCAAGAAACCUAUGAAGCCAAAAGACAUGAAUUUUAUGGUGAACGUCAGAGGAAGGAAGAAGAAAUGAAGCAGAUGUUUGUGCAGCGAGUAAAGGAGAAAGAAGCCAUAUUGAAAGAAGCUGAAAGAGAGCUGCAGGCCAAAUUUGAACACCUUAAAAGAGUUCACCAAGAAGAGAGAAUGAAGCUUGAAGAGAAGAGAAGACUCUUGGAAGAAGAAAUAAUUGCUUUCUCAAAAAAGAAAGCUACCUCAGAGAUAUACCAGAACCAGUCCUACAUGGCAUCGGGCAGCAACCUGAAGAAGGACAAGGACCGUAAGAAGGAACCAGGCUAUCGAUUCGAACUCCUGUGCUUUGAUGUCAGAGCUUGUGAAACCAAUGGUGGACGUAAAGAUGCAGAGGAAGGUAGAGAGGGCCCCUGUACAAUGGGGCGGCCAUGAGUAGCAUUUGGAUGAUAAUCUCAAGACUUAUAGGUUUGGGCUCCAAUUUUAUGUAAAACAAAGGUUCCAGAUCACAGAAGGUCAUCACAAGCAAAAAUUAUUAAAAUGUUAGAAGUAUACUUUGAUUUUCUUGCUGUUUUUAUUUGCUGUAUCAUUUAUUCUAUAUCUGGCAAAUGGCUGUAGUUACUGCCAUUUAUGGAAAAAUAUUUUUAAGUAUAAGGUUAAUACAUAAGCCACAGUGGAUGAUACCACUUUUAUAUUCACUGUUGUUAGAAGUUUUCAAGUUGCUGGUUUGUGAUGAAUCUAAAUCAUUUCUCCUGUUGCUCAGUUAUUGUCACUUACAUGCAUUGUACCACAGAGCAAAGUGUCAAUGCCAUUGAAAAUACAGAAGUCAUUCAUUAUAUGGCUAUCUGAUUGCAUUUAUAUUCCAAGAUGAACUCCUUUUUUGUACAUACUAAAGGUAAAUUUUGGGAAAUAUGUUUUAAAAUGUAUUAUGUACCUGAAGGUCUAACCUCUUAAUAGUUUCAUAGAACCUUUUUUUAGUUUUUGAUACCAUUAUCCAAUUGGUAACAUGAUCCUAAGCUUUUGUAUCAAAUUAUGUAACAGGGCCUUCCACAAUUCAGUGUGCCUUAUUGUGGUUGAUGUAUUGUUGUGAUGAAACAAGAUGUGUGUAAAAGUAAAAACAUCUAGGUAUAAAUCAUCUAGUGAUGAGUACCUUUGAACCUGAGGUAUUGCCACUCUAUUUCAUUAGAAUGUUUUACAUACUUGUUGUUUAAAACUCUGU